AUGCGGGGAUGCGCGCAAGGUCACGCCCUUGUGAUGGGAUGGGAGGAAGCGGUCAACUCGGUUUUGCUACCUUCUCCUCCUUGUGCUCCUGGUGCUCUCUGCUCUCGUCCACAGAUUUCCGUCAGCUCAACUCACGGACGGCGUGGCUUCACCACGCAGGCUGCGAGGCGUGCAGCAGAGAGGCACGCGGCAGAGACCGGCUCCGAACGAUCUCGUCUCCCAUGCCGCGCGCGCAUGAAGCGCGUGGGGCGGAGAGAGGGAAGGGGGCGCGAGGCGGCGAUCCGCAGUGUUCCGCGCACCUGCUUCAGCGCACGCACGGCUGUCAUCGAUUCGUCCCGCGGCGACCUUUCUAGGGGCGGUUUCGUGGCAACAGCUGCUGCUGCUGAGACAGGGGGGAGAGCAGCCGGGUGUGACAGUAUAGAGCGGAUCGCAGAGCUGAUUCGCCGCACGCAUGCACCUGAGCGCUAUGCGCAUGGCAGCGCGGGACGCGGGGAAGGUGCAGCAGAGAGGGGGAGUGAGGUGGUGCACGAGGGGCAUGGGGAGGAGCCAUUGCGGUCACUGGACGCAGGGCGGUGGGUGAAGCUCAUUUGCGGGGCCAGCUUCGAGUGGAGGUGCAAUGUGAGCAGAGUGGAAAUGCACGAGGGGCAGGUGGCACCGUGGCAGAGCCGUUUCACUCACUGCAGGAGGGGCGGUGGUUGUCUUGAAGCUCAUAUUACGUGGGGGCAGCGCAGCUUCGAGGUGAGCUGUGCUGCUGUCACUCACGGCUUCCCUUUUGAGAUUCCCUGUGGGCUGUGCCUGCACCUGGACCAUGCUGCCAACGCAUCCCCCUCUCCCUGUGCCUGCACCUGGACCAUGCUGCCAACGCAUCCCCCUCUCCCUGUGCCUGCACCUGGACCAUGCUGCCAACGCAUCCCCCUCUCCCUGUGCCUGCACCUGGACCAUGCUGCCAACGCAUCCCCCUCUCCCUGUGCCUGCACCUGGACCGUGCUGCCAACGCAUCCCCCUCUCCCUGUGCCUGCACCUGGACCAUGCUGCCAACGCAUCCCCCUCUCCCUGUGCCUGCACCUGGACCAUGCUGCCAACGCAUCCCCCUCUCCCUGUGCCUGCACCUGGACCAUGCUGCCAACGCAUCCCCCUCUCCCUGUGCCUGCACCUGGACCGUGCUGCCAACCCAUCCCCCUCUCCCUGUGCCUGCACCUGGACCAUGCUGCCAACGCAUCCCCCUCUCCCUGUGCCUGCACCUGGACCGUGCUGCCAACGCAUCCCCCUCUCCCUGUGCCUGCACCUGGACCGUGCUGCCAACGCAUCCCCCUCUCCCUGUGCCUGCACCUGGACCAUGCUGCCAACGCAUCCCCCUCUCCCUGUGCCUGCACCUGGACCGUGCUGCCAACGCAUCCCCCUCUCCCUGUGCCUGCACCUGGACCGUGCUGCCAACGCAUCCCCCUCUCCCUGUGCCUGCACCUGGACCGUGCUGCCAACGCAUCCCCCUCUCCCUGUGCCUGCACCUGGACCAUGCUGCCAACGCAUCCCCCUCUCCCUGUGCCUGCACCUGGACCAUGCUGCCAACGCAUCCCCCUCUCCCUGUGCCUGCACCUGGACCAUGCUGCCAACGCAUCCCCCUCUCCCUGUGCCUGCACCUGGACCGUGCUGCCAACGCAUCCCCCUCUCCCUGUGCCUGCACCUGGACCGUGCUGCCAACGCAUCCCCCUCUCCCUGUGCCUGCACCUGGACCAUGCUGCCAACGCAUCCCCCUCUCCCUGUGCCUGCACCUGGACCAUGCUGCCAACGCAUCCCCCUCUCCCUGUGCCUGCACCUGGACCAUGCUGCCAACGCAUCCCCCUCUCCCUGUGCCUGCACCUGGACCAUGCUGCCAACGCAUCCCCCUCUCCCUGUGCCUGCACCUGGACCGUGCUGCCAACGCAUCCCCCUCUCCCUGUGCCUGCACCUGGACCAUGCUGCCAACGCAUCCCCCUCUCCCUGUGCCUGCACCUGGACCGUGCUGCCAACGUAUCCCCCUCUCCCUGUGCCUGCACCUGGACCGUGCUGCCAACGCAUCCCCCUCUCCCUGUGCCUGCACCUGGACCAUGCUGCCAACGCAUCCCCCUCUCCCUGUGCCUGCACCUGGACCAUGCUGCCAACGCAUCCCCCUCUCCCUGUGCCUGCACCUGGGCCAUGCUGCCAACGCAUCCCCCUCUCCCUGUGCCUGCACCUGGACCAUGCUGCCAACGCAUCCCCCUCUCCCUGUGCCUGCACCUGGACCGUGCUGCCAACGCAUCCCCCUCUCCCUGUGCCUGCACCUGGACCAUGCUGCCAACGCAUCCCCCUCUCCCUGUGCCUGCACCUGGACCAUGCUGCCAACGCAUCCCCCUCUCCUUGUGCCUGCACCUGGACCGUGCUGCCAACGCAUCCCCCUCUCCCUGUGCCUGCACCUGGACCGUGCUGCCAACGCAUCCCCCUCUCCCUGUGCCUGCACCUGGACCAUGCUGCCAACGCAUCCCCCUCUCCCUGUGCCUGCACCUGGACCAUGCUGCCAACGCAUCCCCCUCUCCCUGUGCCUGCACCUGGACCAUGCUGCCAACGCAUCCCCCUCUCCCUGUGCCUGCACUUGGACAAUGCUGCCAACGCAUCCCCCUCUCCCUGUGCCUGCACCUGGACCAUGCUGCCAACGCAUCCCCCUCUCCCUGUGCCUGCACCUGGACCAUGCUGCCAACGCAUCCCCCUCUCCCUGUGCCUGCACCUGGACCAUGCUGCCAACGCAUCCCCCUCUCCCUGUGCCUGCACCUGGACCAUGCUGCCAACGCAUCCCCCUCUCCCUGUGCCUGCACCUGGACCGUGCUGCCAACGCAUCCCCCUCUCCCUGUGCCUGCACCUGGACCGUGCUGCCAACGCAUCCCCCUCUCCCUGUGCCUGCACCUGGACCAUGCUGCCAACGCAUCCCCCUCUCCCUGUGCCUGCACCUGGACCAUGCUGCCAACGCAUCCCCCUCUCCCUGUGCCUGCACCUGGACCGUGCUGCCAACGCAUCCCCCUCUCCCUGUGCCUGCACCUGGACCGUGCUGCCAACGCAUCCCCCUCUCCCUGUGCCUGCACCUGGACCAUGCUGCCAACGCAUCCCCCUCUCCCUGUGCCUGCACCUGGACCGUGCUGCCAACGCAUCCCCCUCUCCCUGUGCCUGCACCUGGACCAUGCUGCCAAUGCAUCCCCCUCUCCCUGUGCCUGCACCUGGACCGUGCUGCCAACGCAUCCCCCUCUCCCUGUGCCUGCACCUGGACCGUGCUGCCAACGCAUCCCCCUCUCCCUGUGCCUGCACCUGGACCGUGCUGCCAACGCAUCCCCCUCUCCCUGUGCCUGCACCUGGACCAUGCUGCCAACGCAUCCCCCUCUCCCUGUGCCUGCACCUGGACCGUGCUGCCAACGCAUCCCCCUCUCCCUGUGCCUGCACCUGGACCAUGCUGCCAACGCAUCCCCCUCUCCCUGUGCCUGCACCUGGACCAUGCUGCCAACGCAUCCCCCUCUCCCUGUGCCUGCACCUGGACCGUGCUGCCAACGCAUCCCCCUCUCCCUGUGCCUGCACCUGGACCGUGCUGCCAACGCAUCCCCCUCUCCCUGUGCCUGCACCUGGACCAUGCUGCCAACGCAUCCCCCUCUCCCUGUGCCUGCACCUGGACCGUGCUGCCAACGCAUCCCCCUCUCCCUGUGCCUGCACCUGGACCGUGCUGCCAACGCAUCCCCCUCUCCCUGUGCCUGCACCUGGACCGUGCUGCCAACGCAUCCCCCUCUCCCUGUGCCUGCACCUGGACCGUGCUGCCAACGCAUCCCCCUCUCCCUGUGCCUGCACCUGGACCGUGCUGCCAACGCAUCCCCCUCUCCCUGUGCCUGCACCUGGACCGUGCUGCCAACGCAUCCCCCUCUCCCUGUGCCUGCACCUGGACCAUGCUGCCAACGCAUCCCCCUCUCCCUGUGCCUGCACCUGGACCAUGCUGCCAACGCAUCCCCCUCUCCUUGUGCCUGCACCUGGACCGUGCUGCCAACGCAUCCCCCUCUCCCUGUGCCUGCACCUGGACCGUGCUGCCAACGCAUCCCCCUCUCCCUGUGCCUGCACCUGGACCGUGCUGCCAACGCAUCCCCCUCUCCCUGUGCCUGCACCUGGACCGUGCUGCCAACGCAUCCCCCUCUCCCUGUGCCUGCACCUGGACCGUGCUGCCAACGCAUCCCCCUCUCCCUGUGCCUGCACCUGGACCGUGCUGCCAACGCAUCCCCCUCUCCCUGUGCCUGCACCUGGACCGUGCUGCCAACGCAUCCCCCUCUCCCUGUGCCUGCACCUGGACCAUGCUGCCAACGCAUCCCCCUCUCCCUGUGCCUGCACCUGGACCAUGCUGCCAACGCAUCCCCCUCUCCCUGUGCCUGCACCUGGACCAUGCUGCCAACGCAUCCCCCUCUCCCUGUGCCUGCACCUGGACCAUGCUGCCAACGCAUCCCCCUCUCCCUGUGCCUGCACCUGGACCGUGCUGCCAACGCAUCCCCCUCUCCCUGUGCCUGCACCUGGACCGUGCUGCCAACGCAUCCCCCUCUCCCUGUGCCUGCACCUGGACCAUGCUGCCAACGCAUCCCCCUCUCCCUGUGCCUGCACCUGGACCGUGCUGCCAACGCAUCCCCCUCUCCCUGUGCCUGCACCUGGACCAUGCUGCCAACGCAUCCCCCUCUCCCUGUGCCUGCACCUGGACCGUGCUGCCAACGCAUCCCCCUCUCCCUGUGA